UUCCUCCCUAACCCACAAGCUGCUGUUCAAUUCAGCUUCGGUUUUGACAUAACUGCCGGAGGCUUUCCGCCAUCAUCGCUUGCGAGCCGUUAGAUUUGACCCGGGGACUCAACCGAACUCCAUAAGUCUGCUAGGCCACAGCCAUGCAAGCCAUCAAGUGUGUGGUGGUCGGAGAUGGAGCUGUGGGUAAAACCUGCCUCCUGAUCAGCUACACCACAAAUGCCUUCCCAGGAGAAUACAUCCCUACCGUAUUUGAUAACUACUCUGCCAAUGUAAUGGUUGAUAGCAAACCUGUAAACCUGGGGUUGUGGGAUACAGCUGGCCAGGAGGACUAUGACCGCUUGAGACCUCUCUCCUAUCCUCAGACAGACGUCUUCCUCAUCUGCUUCUCUCUAGUCAGCCCCGCAUCUUAUGAGAAUGUCCGUGCUAAGUGGUUCCCUGAAGUACGGCAUCACUGCCCUAGCACUCCCAUGAUCCUCGUGGGCACAAAGCUGGAUCUCCGAGAUGACAAGGACACCAUAGAGAAGCUCAAAGAGAAGAAGUUGGCACCCAUUACGUACCCACAAGGCCUUGCACUGGCCAAGGAAAUUGAUGCAGUGAAAUACCUCGAAUGCUCAGCACUGACUCAGCGUGGCCUGAAAACAGUGUUUGAUGAGGCAAUUCGGGCAGUUCUCUGUCCACAACCCACAAAGACAAAGAAAAGGGGGUGCAGAAUCCUUUAAGGAUUCCAGACCCGGCUCCCUCACCCAAUGAAAUUGCUCCUUUCUCUGGGCUUUGCUGAUUGGAUAGAGACUAAAGACUGGAUUCCUCUCCUGUAUCUCCCUAAGUGAUGCCAGUGAAGAGUUUUGAGAUUUUUGGGGGGAAGGGGGGAGUGGAUGCUUCCACACUAGUUAUUUAGUCUGGAAUUGCCUUCUGGAAUUCCUCACUUGUUAGGAAGCCUCCCCAUUACACCAUAUUUAGUCUGCUGUGUUCUGUUGUUUUUUCUGAUUCAUUGGCCUGUGGUUCCCACCUCCACCCCCCAACCUAAUCUAUGGCUAUUGUUUUAAAAAAAGUUUAGUGCAAUUGUAGCACCAGUCUCUUCAGUGUGGACAGGGAAAGCGCUAUUAAGGGGUUUCAAGGCUUCUGUACUUUCCAGUUCCCCUUUGAAGGUUCAUUCUGUUUUAUUGCUUCCUGGUGAUCUUGGCUAAAGGAUUUUUGGUUAACAUAGUGUACUUUGCACCUUUAAUAGCCUUUCUAAAUUGCUCCAAGGAUAGUUUCUCUCCCUGUGGAUGGGAGAGGAGCUUCUAAUUACUGCUUUCAUCUCACUACACCUUUGUUUACUUAUUUUAAUGGUGAGAUAGCAUCAUAAAAGUGCUAUUUCACCAUUAACCAAAGAAAAGAGGGGGAGAAUAAGAGAAAAUAAGUACUUAACAUCUCUUCUCCCCCCACACACACCCCAAUUCCCCGUGGGGAAGAGAAACUGACACUGGGGCAAUUUAGAAAUGCCAUUCAGCAUUUUCAACUUAUACCCACAUGAAAUAGUAAAACAGAAAGCGUUUGAAUGCCACUGGAAAGGACCUUUGCUGAAUGGAUCUUUCUUCUGAGUAAUUAAUGGAUGAUCUUGACCCUUGUAUUGCUGGAAAAUACCACACAAUACACAAAGCUGAAUGAUAAUAACUGUGAAAUUUUUACUGGUUAUUUCCUAUCAUAUUAGCAUUGGAAUUAGCCCCAUAGGUUAUACACCGUACAUAUGAACUGUAUAUGUUGCACAUACUGGACUAGACCUUUACGAUAGGAAAUAACCAGUGAAAUUUCCACAGUUAUUAUCAUUCAGCCUGUUGCGCUUUGUGUAUUGUGACAACUGUAUUUGUGUAGCAAGGUAUUGAACUUGUUUUGACUUUGGAGAAUACUGCACUACAUAAAUUUUCUUGUGUGGUAACUCUGUUUUAAUUCCACUUCUAGCCAAUUGUAUAAAAGCAGUGCUUCAGCUGUGCUAAAGGGCUCUUGUGUGCAAGUGCCCUUGUUCUCUGAAAUCUCCCCAUAUAACCUCUCUGUCCCUGAUCUCAGCAUCGCAAACAAGGCUCAAUAAAUUAUCUCUCUCUUUCCUUCU